UUUUUACAUAAAAGCUCGUUCACUACCGAAGUGGGGAGAAUGUACGUGUUUUAGUGUUUAAGUUGUUUAUUAGGGUUCAUAUUUGUAUGUACAUGUCAGCGCAAAGUGUACAGCCAGCUUUACUGUCUAAUGUCAUGAAGUCUUCCCAAACAGCAGAGGGCGCUACAUAUAAUUGCUUAAAUAUGUAUUUUCUUCUCACCCGGAUGUUGGUCUCAGCCAUAGACUGCAUGGUCUCACAAGAACGCAUGGGACACUGGUGGAUUGAGACAUAAAAUCCGGAUACAGUUGUGUUGCCUCCAAAAUGGAUUUGGACACCAAAAAACCGAGCUCACAGGCUUUACUCUCAUGUGGGAAGAGAGAAGGUCUCAGUGAGAAGCUUCUCCUCAAGCCAAAGGCUGGCAGAUCCCUGCAGACAGAAAGAGUCCCAAGAAGCAGAGUGUUGGAGCGGCUGCAGAGCUUCCUGCCUCAGAUGGCUGAGGCCAAUGAGAAGCUGAAGCAGCAGAUUGAUGAAGCUCCUGCUGGGCAUUUUGACAUAGAGAGUGUGGAGGAGGCAGAGGGGGUCAUAGAGAUGGAUGUAGCGCUUGUGGAGCUCAGCAGGUCUGACAGCAACUCUGAAGAUGAAGAGCAGACUUUAGACUCUGAGGAGGAAUCAGACGCUGGUGUGGAGAGCGGGAUCACAGAGCAGAACCUCAGACUACCUGGAGACAAAGGCAAGAAGAACACAGCCAACAUCCAGGUUCUCCAUCAACAGAGACAUUAGAAAAUGCAGCAGCACAGACUUUAAGCUGCAAAUUGAUUUUCUUUGCCAUAUGAGGUUAUGUGGGUUGAACUGACCAAUGACAAAACCUCUGCUCCAUGUGAGGAGGGAUUUAACCUACCUCACAGAGACAGAGAACAGGAAGCUCCUGCAUGGUGACGGAGAUCCUCCUCAUCCCUAUGGGAACAAUAGUAAACAUUAGGAAGACAGCAGGCGCGCUUCUGGUGUCCCUCAAAGCACUGUGCUCAUGGAAGGGAAUACUUAAAAAAGGCAGGAACUUAUAACCAAAAAAAUAUGGUGUAAAAGAACCAGGUCCAGGCACUCAGGAUGGUUUACUCCCUGAAGAAGGUGCAAGCUGAUGGUCUAUUUUAACGUUUCUAGCCCUGUGAAUUAUAAUGGCCUUUUAUCCUUUUCAAACCAUCCUGCGUGCCUGGAUCUGGAUCUUUUACACCACAGAUUUCUGGUUUUAAAUUCCUGCCCUUUUUUAAUGGUAAAUAUAAUCUUGCACGUAUAAAGUUCAUAGCAGCAGAAGUGCCUUUGGAUCCAGUAGAGUUGGGUCACCUUCCAGUAUUGCCGGUCCAGUCCUAUGUACAAGCUGAAACCAGUUUGGGUUAUGCAAACCAGCUGAACUGGCAUUUGUCCUUGUGUCACAUUAUCUCACAUUCUGAUAAUUUUAGAAGUAACCUCAGUCACAGUGCUAAAUCCAACUCUAAUUGCAUUAGUAAUAAUAAUAAUAAUAAUAAUAAUGAGAAUAAUAAUAAUAAUAAUAAUGAUAACAAUAAUAAUAAUUUGACAUAUCAUAUCAUAUCAUGAUUAAUAUAAUAUCAUGUUUGUACACUUAACAUAUUAAUUGAGCAACUAUUGUCAUAAAAGUCGUGUGUAAUUUAUUGCCGAGCUGAGGCGGCUAGUGUCGGCCAGUUUCAGCAGAGGGUGGAAACAGCCUGCUGUAUUUGUUUACAUUUUGGGCUAAUGAGAUGAGAUGACAGUCAUUCUCUUAAAAAGACUAAAACUGCACGAAUAUGGAAACAUUUUGUAUUUGAAGCCAACAAAAGAGCUGUCCUUACUGACUGAAAGAUUUGUUUUGAGCGGAACAUUUGUGUGUGUGUUUCUAAUUCUAUCUGUUACUCGCUGUUUACAUGCCUUUUACAUGACAUGCCUUAAACAGGCAGGCUUCUGCUGUGAAGCAGAGUAAACCAAGACAAACACUCUUCACAGCACAUUUCCCCUCUGUGGUUUACUUUCCACAAUAAAAGACCAUCUUAAAUUACUCAAAGCGUUUUGCAAAGAAGCAACUCAACAAAACUAGCUUACACAGACACAGGUGUAUUUUCAAAGCUUACCAUGUAACUUUAUAGCUUUGCUCACUGAACACGAAAUCCACGUUCUCACAUCCAUCACGUCCAUCACCCCGCCCAGCCCAAAUUCGUGUCUGUCCACGUCUUUGCUUGGAAUGGAAAAGCGCUGCAUCCAGUGUGGACGCACAGUAAAAGUUUCUGCUGAGGUAAAUGACCAUUGCUAAAAAGAAGUUAGGCUUAAGUUACAUUUUAUAAUUUUUUAAUAUAAAAUGCAUGUUUAAUGGAUCAGUGUGGACACUGAGCUCUGGUGUUACGUGAUGCUACUUUAGAUAGUUAGUUGGUACAAGGUGUCAUUAUGUUCCACUGAGGAUUGACUGCUGAAUCACGUGGGUUACCUGGUACAAUUCUGUAAGCCGGUCCUGUCUGGUGUUUGACUUUAUAUCAAACUGGUUUGUAAUUUUUUUACACCGGCCUAACUAGUAGGUUCCAGAACAAAUACUGUGAUUACUAAUCCAGAUUAGCAUAUGACCUCUCACUGUUCAUGAUGUGUUUAAGUAUAACACUGUGUUGUUUUUGGCCUUGAGCUUGUACACACAUCAAUUUAGGCUACAAACUAUUUGUGCUUUCAUCACAGUCGUGAUCUUCAAGACAAAGAUUGGUCAACUGUAAUGCUGUAAAGGCAGUGGAAAUAAAACCGGUGUAUACAUAA